UCUGCCUUGUAAAGACAAUAGGUCUUAGUUUUGCAUAUUCUUAAAGCGCUGGAGCAUUGUGCAACAGUAAGAAACCACAGCCUGCACAUUCAACAGCAAUACACCCUGCAAUAACCGGAGAACUAACGCUUUAGGAAGGAUGACAGGAGUGAUGAACAGUCCUGAAGCUGACAUGGAGGACUUCAACCCUGGGGACCAGGACAUCCACUUUCAGAUCUACCCAGAUUCCCAUGAGAGGUACCCCAAGUUGUCUAAACGGCUGCCGUCCAUCGUGGUGGAGCCCACUGAUGACAGCAAGGUAGAGAGCGGAGAACUACGGUGGCCCCCAAAAGACCAGAGUGCAACCGACAACCCCAGAAAUGCCCUGUCUGCUGCUGAGCCCCAGGCAGCAGAAGAGGAGCAACAGUGGGACAGCGGAUUGGCAGAAUGUGCUGUAGGUGGAGACUCCGACUAAGUCCUGAGGCCAGAAGUGAUCCAGCUUUCACUGUGAGUGUGUUCCGACAGCCAGGAACACACAGAAAGGAUCUGCUAACACUUAACCUGCACACCUGUGAGAAAGCUUCUCUCCCUUUCCUCUUGAUGGACCCUAGGCUACAUAUUCUGGAAUUUCAUUUU